GUCAGCUAGAGGAUUCCAUCAACAUGGACCAGGAAGAGCUCUCUAGAUCUUCAUCUACUCCUCUAAUAGUAAGCUACGGAGGUGGUGGUGAAUGCGAUGAGAAUAAUGUCGUCAACAAAUUUUACUCAAAAGCAGAGAUUAUAACAGAAUUGAAGAAGCAAAUGAGGUUGGCCGGACCUUUAAUUGCUGUUAGUUUCUUUCAGUAUAGUUUACAGAUGAUAUCAGUUAUGUUCGUUGGCCAUCUCGGUGAGCUUUCUCUCGCCGGCGCUUCAAUGGCUACUUCCUUUGCCGGAGUUACUGGUUUCUGUUUUCUGGGAAUGGGAAGUGCAUUAGAAACAUUUACUGGACAAGCCUACGGAGCAAAACAAUAUCAUAUGCUGGGCGUACACUUGCAGAGAGCUAUUAUUGUUCUUGUACUUAUCACCAUUCCCAUUUCAUUUCUUUGGGCUUAUUCUGGGCAUAUUUUCACGAUCUUUGGACUAGACAUGGAAAUUUCAAAUUACGCUCAAAUUUACAUCUUGUGGUUAAUCCCUACCGUUCUUCCUUUCGGUAUCCUUCAAUGCCUAGUUAGAUUCUUACAGGCACAAAAGCUUGUGCUUCCUCUGUUGAUUGGUACAGGAAUUAGUAGUUUAAUGCAUAUUGUUCUGUGUUGGACGCUCAUAUUCAGAUUUGGCUUUGGCCAUAAAGGAGCCGCUCUGUCCAUCGCCAUUAGUUAUUGGAUCAAUGUGUUGUUUUUGGCAAUGUAUAUUAAGUUUUCGCCAGCAUGCGAGAAGACUUGGAUUGGUUUCUCCAAGGCUGGCAGGGAAAAUCUUCUUGAUUUUAUAAAACUUGGAAUACCUUCAGCUCUUAUGAUCUGUGUGGAAUUCUGGUCAUAUGAAUCACUGGUUCUGAUGUCAGGUCUUCUUCCCAAUCCAAAGCUAGAAACAUCAAUGAUGUCAAUCAGUCUCAAUACAAGCUCGUUGGUCUUCAGGAUCCCGUUUGGUUUGGCAAGUGUUGUUAGCACGAGAGUGUCGAAUGAAUUAGGUGCAGGAAAACCUCAAUCUGCACGCCUCGCAGUUCAUGUAGUGAUAUGGUUGGUAGUUAUAGAGGGAGUUUUGUUAAGCCUAUCUGCAGUUGCAGUUCGAAACAUAUGGGGUUACUUGUUCACCAAGGAACUAGAAGUUGUCACAUACUUAGCUUAUGUAAUGCCAAUACUUGCAGCAUCCAACUUUAUUGACGGAAUUCAGGGCGUUCUUUCAGGCGUUGCGAGAGGAUGUGGCUGGCAAAAAAUUGGAGCUUAUGUGAAUUUAGGAGCUUAUUACCUUGCCGGUGUCCCUUGUGCUAUAGUUUUAGCUUUUGUUUUUCAUUUUGGAGGAAAGGGACUAUGGAUGGGAAUAAUUACUGGAAGUUCCCUUCAGGCAUUUUUGCUAUUAGUGAUUACGAUGCACACAAAUUGGGAGAUAGAAGCCAAAAUGACAAGAGAUAGAGUUUAUGCUUCCAACAUCCGAAGCAAUGAGAGUGACACACCCACUUUACUAUAGAAUUAUAUCCAUGCGUACUUGUCAUAUUUGAGAAUUAUCUGUUUUAAUUAAAUUUUGAUUAUAAAUUCAUCUAUUAAAAAAAUUAUUUGAAAGAAUAAUAAU